AAGAGGAAAUGUUUUGUUGAAAAUGCCUAUGCUUGUUUAAUUGUAUUUUUUUCCCUAUUACUUCCGCAGUUACAUUAAAUGGGGCUUAAAUAAUUGACAUCCAGUCAUGGCUGAUGUCCCAGCAGCAGAAAUCCAGCUACUCCAAAGUCAGAAGGCCACGCUGAUAGAAAUUCUGAGUGGCAAUGCUGACUUUGUCCUGCAGCAUGCAGACGCUCGCUGUCUGCUCUCUCGUCAUGACUACCAGCAGGUGAAAGCUUGCCGCAAUCCUAGUGAGAAGGUGAGAGACCUGCUCGAUCAUAUUAUGCAGAGAGGGCCCGAAGCAGCACAAGGACUGCUGGAAAUGCUGAAGGGCCAGGCCCUACAGGAAACCUUCCCACGGCUUAAUUUUAUUAAGGAUCUUCAAGUCAACACACUUUCUUCAGGGGAAAAAGAAGCACGAAAAAGAAAAUCUUGUGAAUUACAAGAGAGCGUUCCAUCCAAACAGAUUUGCAACAAAGGCUCUCGCUUAGUGAAAGAGAAGCAGUUGAUGAUCGUGGCUCGUGCCAUCGGCAAACAAUGGCGCGAAAUUGGCAGACUAUCUCUGGACAUCUCCUCUGUGAAGCUGGAGCAGAUUGAGGAGGACCAUUCUGUCCAUGUGGAGCGAGUAUUUGCUAUGCUGCGUUACUGGCGUAACUGCCAGAGGGAAAAAGCCACUGCUGCUCAUCUGCACUCCCUCCUCACUCAGGAAGACUGGGCACUGCCAUCUGAAAGCAUUGACUGUCUACUGGAGACUGAUUGAGGCCUUCAUUGUCUGGCAGCUGCUGAGACUGAAACCUUUUCAACAGGAAUAUUUUUUUUACAUGACAUUUCUGUGUUUCUCAUUUCUUAUCAUGCAAAAAACAGCAUUUGAAGAUUAUUUUACGGGAACAAUCAAGUGCCAUGCAUGUUUUGUUUUAGUGCCAUUAAGCAGGAGGUUUCUCAUUCAAGGACGAUCAUCCUUUUUUAUGUCAGUGCAGCUUGAAAUACAAACUGCUUAUAAAUAUUGGGAAAUACUAAACUUGUCUAGACUGUAAAUUAAAGUCAAGUAAGGGAAAAGUGUCUGUUAUGGGAGUGGCAAAUGAACAUCUUUUUAGACUGUCAGGGUCAAUCCAGUGGGCAGCAACUCCAAUGAAGCUCCGCCUUCUUGAAGACCAGCAGUCGGUGGUGGCGGCGAUAUGGUCAACUUCUUUCAUGGCUUCAGUCAGCAUCCUCUUCAUUUUCUUAGAAGCAUCAUCAAUCAUGGAGCGCAGGGUCACUCUUGACAUAACGUUUGCAUUAGGCUGCAGUUCCUUCACAAAAUCUCUAAAUGAUUCUUGUUCAACAGCAGAGAAUGGCUGGAGCCCGAGUACCACAUACUUCAUCACAGCUUUGUCUAUGGACCUCUGAGACACAGUCCUGGUGUUCACUAAUGUGGUCUGCCUGCUGGUAGUGGGAGUCACAAGGGCCCUUCUUCUCUUUGUUGAUGUCACCUCUUCAUAUUUUCUUUAAGGUGCUGUCCAUGCUUUCUCUGAAACAAAUACAUAAAACCUUA